UAGAUGGCAAAGGGAGUUUGGUAGAAACCAGCCAGUGGUCUGUAGUCGAGGCUGCUUCCACGUCGUCCUGGCAGGGCCUUGGGUGGUGGCAGCUCUUCUCAGUGGUCCCUGGGAGCAGCAGCCUGGUAACCUACCCCCCUCCCCACCCCCCCACCCCCCACCCCCACCCCCGAAAUGUUCCUAUGAAGUGCUGGUUCUGGAGCCCCACUGCCUGGGCACAUCUCCUGACUCUCACAUUUGUCAGCAGGUAACCUGGGACAGGUUACGUCAGGUUCAUGCCUCCGUCUCCUCACUUGCAGAAUACGCAUGGCAGUACCUAUGUUUGAGAGCAUUCUGAAGAGUCAGAGUCAGUGUCUGUGAAGUGCCAAGAGUUAGUGGCUAGCAGUAGGAAGUCUUAAGCAAUUUAAUAUGGUAUUAUUUACUUCUUUAUUUUUUGCCACCAGGGUUAUCACUGGGGCUCAAAGCCAGCACUACAAAUCCACUGCUCCUGACAGCCAUUUUCCCCUUUUUUUUUUUCUCUCCACCUAAUUUAUUUGAUAGGACAGAGAAAUUAACAGGGGGGAGGGGAACAGGGAAGUCUUCAAAUCCAGGUGCUUGUAUGAUUUGUGAGCUCAACUGGGUGCCCCCUUUAUUAUUAUUAUUUUCUUUCUCUUUGCCUCCAGGGUUAUUGCUGGGGCUCGGUGCCUACACUAUGAAUCCACUGCUCCUGGAGGCCAUUUUUUCCUUUUUGUUACCCUGUUGCUUAUCGUUGUUGUUAUUAUUGUUAUUGCUGUUGGAUAGGACAGAGAGAAAUGGAGAAGGGAGGAGAAGACAGAGGGGAAGAAAGAGAUAUAGACACCUGCAGACCUGCUUCACCGCUUGUGAAGCGACUCCCCUGCAGAAAACCUGCCAAGACUAAGAGGGUAGCCCAGAGGAGACCGCCUUCAGGGCCUGUUUGUCGGCUAUGUCUUCAAGAACCUGGGGAUCCAGAAAAACUAGGGGAAUUUCUUCAGAAAGACAAUCUCAGCGUGCAUUAUUUCUGUCUUAUCCUAUCUAGCAAAUUACCUCAGAGGGGCCAGUCCAACAGAGGUUUCCACGGAUUCCUACCUGAAGACAUCAAAAAGGAGGCAGCCCGGGCUUCUAGGAAGGUCUGCUAUGUGUGCAAGCAAAAGGGAGCGGCCAUUCACUGCCAGAAGGAUCAGUGCGUCAGGAACUUCCAUCUGCCCUGUGGCCAAGAAAGUGGCUGCCUUUCACAGUUUUUUGGAGAAUACAAAUCAUUCUGUGGAAAACAUCGGCCAACACAAGACAUCCAGCCGGGGAGUGCAGGGGAGGAAAGCUGUAUCUUGUGCUGUGAAGACUUAUCCCGAGCAAGUUUUGAAAACAUCCAGGGCCCGUGUUGUAGUCAGACCGUCUACCACCGCAAAUGCAUACAGAAAUAUGCCCACACAUCAGCAAAGCACUUCUUCAAAUGUCCGCAGUGUAAUAACCGUGAAGAAUUUCCUCAAGAAAUGCUAAGGAUGGGAAUUCACAUUCCAGACAGAGAUGCCGCCUGGGAACUGGAGCCAGGGGCUUUCUUGGACUUGUAUCAACGCUAUCAGCACUGUGACGCCCCCAUCUGCCUGUACGAACGAGGACGGGACAGUUUUGAGGAUGAAGGGAGGUGGUGCCUCAUUCUGUGCAAUACGUGCGGAUCCCGCGGGACCCACAGAGACUGCUCCUCUCUCAGAUCCAACAGUAAGAAGUGGGAGUGUGAGGAGUGCGCACCUUCUGCUGAAGUCGCAGACUCCGAGCCGGAAAACUGCGACUCGCCCUGCUGCAGCACCUUCUACCCCGCGGAGCACCUUCUACCCUGCAGCCACACUGGCCUGGGAGGGAACCCCGGCCCUUCCUGGACUGGCGGGCCAGAGUACUCGGGCAGCAGGAGGGUCCGCUCCUGUCGGUCCAAGGGCGUCAAGAUCACUAAGAACUGCAGAAAACCCAAGUAACAGCUUCUUUCCGGAGUAGUCACUGCCUAGUGUCUAUGAGCAGGGGCGGUGCUCCUCCGUCAGGGCUGGGAGAGGGAGCAUUUUGCAGCUGUGACGAGGGAAGGACCAGCAGCCUGAGAGAGAGGAACCAGAGGAAAGAAACCCCCGGGACUGUGGGGUCAGAGGGUCCAGAUGCCAACGGAGGAGAGUGUUCUGGCUGGGAGAACACCUGACUCCUAGUGGGUCCUCUCUUCUUUCCUACUGAGAUUCUUCUGCUGGAGUCUGACUCUCGAAUGCCUCUUGUUAUCUCACCUACAUGCGUGAUGCAAAUAAAGGUUUUCUCUCCA